UGGGAAGAGAACCUGACCCCCAACCCACCUCUAUGGAGCCGCCCCGCGACCUGGUGACAUCAGAGAUCACUGCCCGCACCUUCCGGGUGAGAUGGACGCACGCGUCGGGCCAGGUGGAGAAAUACCGCGUGGUCUACUACCCAGCCAGUGGAGGACAGCCGGAAGAAAAAGUGGUGCAGGGAACAGAGAACAGUGUGGAGCUGAAUUACCUGAACUCUCUGACGGAGUACCAGGUGGCUGUUUUUGCCGUCUACCGCAGCUCGGCCAGCGAGGCCCUGAGAGGAAGUGCUACUACAUGUAAGUUUAUAUUUGGAGACGACACAGGAGAAUGUUGCUGGGAAUGUGGGUAG